AUGCGCCCUGUAACGUACGGAUUCGAGAAAUGUUUUUUCAACAGUUCGGGAAAGCUGCAACUUUCCAAAGGCAUCAACCAUGGGGGGGACCGACGUGGACCCAAAUUCAGACACUUCAAAGAAACAGGAGAACUACUCCAAGACCCACUUGUGCCAGCAGGGAGCGUACUGGGCACGGACGUUGAGGAUGCUGCCAUUUUUGUGCUGGAGGAGGACAUGUUGCCCAUCCCCGAGGAGGACGAGGGUGAGCAGGUAGAAGAGGACGAUGGAGAAGCCCUCGAUGAUCAGAUACAGCCAAGGAGCACCCCUGCCAGGGUGGACGCGACUCAGGAUGAGGCGCGCGUUGAGGGGUUGGAUGAGGCUGAGCACGUCGCUGUCACUGAAGAGCAUGCGGAGGUACCAGUCAGUGCGCCGCAGGAUGAGGGCGACACGGUUGGGGUGGGGACUAUAGAUUCCACUGCUGGGGAAGCGGUGCAUGAGGAGUCAAGCCCAGACAGGUAUGAACGUCAUGCAGCAAAGCUGACCCCCCUCCCGCCCAACCACGCCAGGACUCACCCGGAGCGAGUCAAACUCGUGAUUCGUCCGCUGGGCUGCCCUCUUGACGCCUCUCGCCUGCCCAACAUCUUUAUGGGAUUCUUUGAACACCUCCCUCUCCGCAAGCCGUGGCCCCCCAACUUCUACGGCACCCCGAUCGAGCCUGGAAGCGAUGAUUCAUGUGUCACUUUAGGUGCCAUCUCAGGCGAGAGUGUCUCAGGCGAGAGUGUCUCAGGCGAGUCAGACUGGGUAAAGAAGCUAGGGUGCCACGGCCCUCCCUGCCCCACCUUCGGCUCCUGCACCGCCCGCUUCCCCAACGUGCAGGCCUGCUGGAACCCCCACCUCGUGGAUGGGCCCGAGGACAAUAUCACCCCCCCUAUAAACUGCCCCCUUAAGAAUAAUAGCUCCCAGCUGGAGAAGUGGAGGCAUCGAAGGGGGUGGGCGCCGUUCGAUGAGACGUGCACAAACAGGAAGGAUUUCACCCCGCACGAUGCGACCGCGCUGCAGAUGAUGCGGCUGGAGGACGUAUUUGUGACAAACACCGGGGUGAAUCUCAACCGCACACACGUGUUCGUGAGGAACGGGUGCUGGCGCUUCUCCGGAACGUGUUCAAUCUGGCCUGCCAGCAGGCAUAGUGGGGCAUUUAGAGGUCUGCCAUACGUGUUGUGUACUCCCUCUCAACAGGCCAAGUACAAGGCGAGUCACUCGGUGCACGAGCUGCCAGCAGUGUUCAACUGGGCGCACCAACCUGCGAGGAACUUCUACCACUUUCUCGUCGAGCUCUUUCCACUCUUACUCGUCUCCGCGCCCCUCAUGCCCUCCACGCUGCGACACCUGCCUGUGCUCGUGAGGCGGGAACAGGUGGGUUUCAUCACCAAAAUGUGA